CCCCACUCUGAAACCUACCAUCCAUUCAUCUUUUUCCUUUUACCUUGAGAACUUAAUGAAGUAACUAUAUGUGAUUAAAAAAAAAAUGGAAACAAAACCAAGAGCAAAAGUAAUGCUUUUAAUCCAGAAAGUUUCGGUUACUAUUUCAAAUCAGUUUUCUCAGCAUAAUUUCUCUAUGAAUUGUGUCAUUGUGGCAUUGUUUUUACCAUUGAUUCACUUUAUUAACUGAUUCUGAACCUUCCUUCUCUUAAUUCUGAGAAAUAGCGCUUGAUAGAGUUCCCUUGAGAGGAAGCAUGUUUAUUUUCGUCCACCAUGGAUAUGCCUGGACACUGACGGAUGACUCUGAACAUCUAAUUCAGGUGCUUGGACAGGUGGUGAGGUCUGAACCAACAUUUUAAUAAUUGGAUAUUGAUUUUCAUUCUGAAUAUAUUCAGUCUGAAACUCAUGUUGGACCAUAAAGACAGUAGGGGAAUUUUGGUCUGGAAUGGUUAGGCCAGAAUUAGACAUGCAGAAGUCAACGGUUUUGCUGAUAGUUGAAACCUGUGUAGCAUCCCACACUCCUCUCCCUGAAGGCUUCCUGGGACGCGUCUCCCUACUUUUUGGAGCCCAGGACAGCUUUUUCAGAGUCUUGCAGUCUCUUGAGGGAGGGAAGAAGGCCUGGCACUGUGAUGUGAUUUCUUGGACGGAUCUGUACCUGAUGCCCUUAGGGGCCGGGAUCACUCUAGUUCCUCUCCAGACUAGCUUUCAUCUUGAUUUAUAGACUUUCCUCAUGGACCCAGAUUCAUAGAGUCUCUGAAUUGAAAUUGGACAUGAGGAUGUUGUCUGGGACAGCAACUAAAGGAUCAAAGUAGAGGUCUGGGGUCAAGGUAGAGGUCACUAACUGGCCGCCAGUGGACUGAGUCUGGCCAGCUCGUGUGUAUGUGUGUGUUCUUAUACAGUGUGUGUGUGUUUUUAAAUGGAGUUAAUCACCAAUUAAUAUACAAUUGGGAGUUUUCACACAAAAAUCAGAGUUUUUAGCUUCUUAGGAAAAAAUCUCAGAAUGUCUGACAAUGUGGAGCCUGGACACUUUUUGUCUGAAUUUCUUUUUGUCAGCAGGAACCUAAACUGAAUUGUACCUUAGAUGGAGCAUAUACUCUCCAUAGAUGUCACUUGCUGGAGGUUCAUGGUCCUUGAAGGCAUUUCGUGGUCUUCAUGACUUGUAGGCAUGGUCUUUGGAGACUCCUGGGUUGAUCUCGGUGAUCUGACAUCUUUUCCUUUAACCCAUAAACCAUUUAAGUGAGCACCAAGUGUGUGGGCUGCACUAAGUGAGAAGGUGAGGAAGGGGCAGGUGAGAUAUGGUGCCCUGUCCACUCUGAUGAACAGACCCUGCAGAUGUUGGUCAGGUUGGCCCAGGGACCUACCUCUGGACUCAGGCUUCGUUCUGGACUCAGUGUGUCAGCAGCCCUGGGGAAAUCUCUGGAGGUCUGUCUGUGCAAGCCGAAGACCCUUCAAGGACAGACACUGCAGAGCCAUUGGAAUCUUGGAGCCCAUCUAUCUAAGAACAGUCAUGGAUCCAUACUUUGACCCUUGAACCAAGCUGGCCUCCCUGGGCUCUUUUGGAUAAGACCAGGAGUUGGUGCUAGACCAAAGUAAGAAAUCUAGUUGCUGACCAUGCCCUUACUUUUCAUUCUUCAGCAAACCAGUAGAGGUCAUAUUCCCUAUGGGAGCCAUGGUGCAGAAGUGUCUAGGCUGGCAAUUGCUGGGUGUCUGAAAGACCACCAAAAUAGUAUUUGGCCACUCAGUCCCUAGAAAAACAUUCUUAAAUCUGAAUAAAGCUUACUGGUAUGAACUUUGGAAAUGAUUUUGCAGUGUUAUGAAAUUUUUGGAGUCGUAGCAGGCUCUUACUGGGUUUCUUCUUCUGUCUGGAGCAUCUUACCAUCUGUCUCCGCUGAAAGACAGCCUUGAAUGAGGAAGGACACAGACAGGAAAUUCUUUUUAUUUAACCCAAGUCCCUUAGGCUGCAACUUAAGCUCAUUUCCUCAUUUUGGAUCCUGUGAAGAUAAAAAACAGCUUGUCAUGGCCCUACCUGUCUUGCAGGGACUGUGAAGUUACCUCCCAGUGUUCCCUCUGUUGGACUAUAUAAUUCCUGUUGAACUGAUGUUUGGGUUUGUCCUUUUUCUUUGGAGGCACAGUGGAUGGGAUAGAUAGCUUUAAAGAAUGUAUCCAGUAUCGUCUUCCUUAGAUGAGAAUAUUGUAUAUGAUUACAAAGAUUCUAUGAUUCGUUUGUCUAGCAGAGAGGAUGGUCUGUUUCAAGUUUCUAAGGAUUCUUAAAAAUAAAUAAGGACUCACUUUGUCAUAUUUCAUCUUGGUGCUCUCGGAGUGCUGAUUCCACAACCUAGACCUCAGAAUGCAACCAACAGAACCUGAAACCACAUUCACAUUCCUUGUACCUUUAUUUCACAUUGAAGGAUUGCACUCAUGAGACCUUCAAAACAGUGAUCAGGAAUAGAACGAACUGUCAUACUUCUAACCCCAAGAAUAAGUUUUCCGUCAAUCUGAGCUCAUGCACAUUGAUUUGCAUUUGCUGAAAUGAUUGUUCCUUAGUUAGACACUGGUUUAGUGACUCCACUCAGAGCUGAGGCACGGGGGUGAGAGGCAGGGCUGGAAUGAUGGGCGGGAUUGCUUUUUAUGUGGGCCUCCUGUUUAUCUUUUUGUCCAGGUCUCCCUGAGUUAGGCAUGGACAAGUUAGGCAUGAAGCACCAACAAUGAAUCAAUUUUAAGAUCAAAGUCGAUGGGAGUCCAGGAAAUGAAAAUAUUUCCUUAUCAAGUCGAGCGCGUUGUUUAACUGGCCCAGUGUGUGUUGCGGUGGGUGGGUGGAAGGGUUCAUGGUAUUUGGCCUAAGGCAUUUCAAGAACCUUAAAUUCAGGAUUGAUCUUUAUAAGGAGAUUGACCAUAAGGUUGCCUGUAAGGUUUGGUUUCAGGGUCCCCCAAAGGCCUUUAUGAUAAAAAACAACCUUCAUUAGGUAACUCUCUAAGGCUUAAAUAGUCAUUAUUAGAAAGUCACUCCUGUGGUUUAAAGUUUUGUCAUAAGAAUGCAAAUGUUCCUGACAGCAAACAUCACUCACUUAUUCCAUUCCUUCCAGAGAGAGGGGACGAUGAGGACAUGCAGCACAAGGUGAAGUGAUUGUGUGAGUAGGGAGGAAGAGUGCCCCGAAGAGAGGAAGAUGGUGGGGGAAGGUGGGGCGGAGGGUGGUGGGAGUGGUAAACAGUCUGGAGGUCCUUUUAGGAUUGUAUGUUUCUGUGGAUAUGGUCAUUGAUCAUUGAUAAGAGACCAAUUCUGAGGGCCCAUGAGCCUCUGGCAAAGCUGGGCUUUGGAGUUGGAUAAAGCCUUGCUUGUGGUUGGCUCCAUCCCUGGUACAGCUGUGUGACUCUGGGCAAUUCACCCACCCUCUCUGUUCCGGCCUCGAUUUCCUCAUCUGUAAUCUAGAGGAGGAUGUAUUUCCCGGGAGUGUGUGUUGUGAGCUCCUCUUGUAGUGUAACUUUAGGUGCUUAGAACAGUGAGCACAUGGUGGACUCUCCAUGAGCCCGUUUCCCAUUCAUUUCAGGUUCCCAUUUUCAUGUUUUAGGCUAAAUCUGCAUCAUGUGGCCCUUUUCUUAACAUGCGAAUGCUGGCCCAGGCAGUUAUUGAGACACAGAAUUUGAUGGUAUUUGGUGUUUGGUGAGAGGAGAACAAACGGUCAUGUGCGGACACACUUGGACACUGGUGGAGUGAGCAAAUGAAAUGGUGUGCAUGAGAUUGUGGCAACCAGAGGUAAUUUCCCCUUUCCCUUCUUUACCCUGCUCGUCUUAUCAGAGCUUUUUGAUGGGUUUGAAUGGCUCUCCUUACGUUGGGCUGGUGCAUCCAUUUGAAAUGCGGAUUCUUAUGUGAGUUAGAAAUUAUUCUGUGCUGUGUCCAAGGAUAAACGCAAGGUAUUACAGGGAAGAACAAUGAACAGAUUUACAAAUUGCUCUUUUCACAUGUCAGUAAUAAAAGUAAAUCAUGUUCUGGCCUAAAUAGCUGUGUACUGACUGAAUCACAAGUGCCUGGUAGAAAAUGUGACAGUAUUUGGGUUUCACAGUUCUCACAUUUUAGAAUGUCUGUUCAAGAUCUCACUUUUACUGAGGGAUAUUUGGAAUUAAACUGUAAAGAACAAUGCGAUUUUGUAUAUUCAUUCAUUCAUUUUCUUGGGAGAAACACUCAACCAUGAGCUUCCAUUUGCAGUUUUCGAAUAUCUUAUUUUGCUUCUACACACCUUUUGGUCAGUGUGAAAUGUUGGAUUCCUGGGAAUGAUUGCUGCUGAAGUUGCUUGUAGGUAAGGAAACGUAAAUGAAAAUUAGAGAAGAGUAAUCACGAUUGCUAAUUUUAAAUGCCCAGAAAGUGAUUGGUGUCUUCAUAGUCUUUCCCAACUCAAAAUUUCCCAGAGAGCAUGAGGCUACUUAACCUGUGAUUUCUCCCUCACAGGUCUACAGGAACUUCACCUCUAGAGUUGGGGGGGAAUGCUUUGUGGAUUUUUGUCUGUGUCCAUAGCCUAAUAUCAUGCUUUUGUCUCCAAAAUAGACAUUCUUUCUCUAAUGCUUCAAAAUCCUCAAAUUCAUACUCUUCUUUUAUCCCUUGCAUUUCUCUAACGAGCUCUUUCCCAUGCUAAUCUUCUUACUCCAGAGGCAAUGGGCAAUUUUGGAAAGAGUGAUGUGCGUUAGAAUUCUCUAUGUUUAUUCUGUUCAGAAUUUUCAUCCAAUAUUAAAAUCACAUACUAACGCACACAUGUGUCAUCACACAACACUCUCAUUUUCUUCUUCUCUGAGACCUCAGAUGUGUUUUUCUUAAUUGUUACUAAGUUUAAAGGUUGUUGGUUUUGUUUUUAGGUUCCUUUUUUCUUUCCUGCAGCAUGCCUUGCUUUACUCAAUAGUCAGUUUCAGUUCCAGGUUUGCCCCAGAUUUGUUUGACUGUUGCCUGAAUAUUUUGCAUACAGUUAUAUUAUAUUGAAUUACAAUAUCAGUUACAUCGUGAGCUGAGAGAUUUUGUUUGACAAAAUGUUAUGUUUCAUUUUAGUAAUUUUGGAAAUGAAGAGAAUUUCUUUGGACCCUCAUAACUCAAGAUAAAAAUGUGGUUGUACUUUGUACUAACUUGUUUUUCUUCUGGAACAAAAUAUGGAAACAUUUAAAUUAGAUACAUGCAGAUAGAACUGGAGUUUUACUGCACCUUUACGCUGUUGAUGAUCUUGGUUUGUUUUCUUUGUGGAAAUGAAUGCUUUUGUUAUCUCACUUAGAAUACAACGGAUAUUCUUCUUAAGCAGGACAGUUUUACGUUGUUUUCUCAGAGGUAUUUUAAAGAUUGUCCAACUGUAUCACACAACAUACUAACUUAUUUACUAUAUAAUGCUACCGGAGAAUAUGGCAAAUUACUAAUUUGUUAUUCUUGCACAAGCGAGGCAAUGUAAUUAAACCAGACAAUGCCUAGAGUUUAUUUUGAUCUGUUCCCUUUUUGGUUUAAAUUUACCACCCACAGUUAUCCGAAAUGCAUGAAGCCUUGUGGGUUUGGUAUAUUUGUUUUGUUGCUAUACUGUAAUGCUGUGCAAAUACAUGACUGUACUUAAAGUCUUUCGGAUCAUACUGCUUAAACGUCAUUUACUGUCUUCCUAACAAUAUCAAAGAAGAUUAAAAAAAUUCAUUCUCCCAAUCUGUUAUUGCCAUGAGUUGAUAGUUGCGCUGUUUACAUAGUUGACCACCCACUGAAGCCAAGGCACGUGAAACUGCUGUCCACUAAAAUGGGCCUGAAAGUCACAUGGGACCCACCCAAAGAUGCUACCAGUAGACCUGUGGAGCAUUACAACAUUGCCUAUGGGAAGUCACUGAAAAGUCUUAAAUACAUCAAGGUGAAUGCGGAGACAUACUCCUUCCUUAUUGAGGAUGUGGAGCCGGGGGUAGUGUACUUUGUGCUGCUUACUGCAGAAAACCACAGUGGAGUGAGCCGUCCUGUUUACAGAGCUGAAAGCCCACCUGGAGGUGAAUGGAUCAAGAUUGAUGGUUUUCCCAUUAAGGGUCCAGGACCAUUUAAUGAGACCGUCACAGAAAAGGAAGUGCCCAACAAGCCCUUGCGUGUGCGUGUCCGGUCCUCAGAUGACAGGCUGUCCGUUGCGUGGAAGGCACCCCGCCUGUCUGGAGCCAAGAGUCCACGCAGAUCACGAGGCUUUCUCCUGGGCUACGGGGAGAGUGGCCGGAAGAUGAACUAUGUUCCACUGACGAGAGAUGAGCGGACACACGAAAUUAAAAAGCUAGCCUCGGAGUCCGUGUAUGUGGUCUCCCUGCAGUCCAUGAACUCCCAGGGCCGGAGCCAACCAGUCUACAGAGCUGCCCUAACAAAGCGGAAGAUUUCAGAAGAGGAUGAAUUGGAUGUUCCUGAUGACAUCAGUGUCCGGGUCAUGUCAUCCCAGUCUGUGCUUGUGUCCUGGGUGGAUCCUGUUCUGGAAAAACAGAAGAAAGUUGUUGCAUCAAGACAGUACACCGUGCGCUAUCGAGAGAAGGGAGAACUGGCCAGGUGGGAUUACAAGCAGAUCACUAACAGGCGGGUGCUGAUUGAGAACCUGAUUCCAGACACCGUGUAUGAAUUUGCAGUCCGUAUUUCACAGGGUGAAAGAGAUGGCAAAUGGAGUACAUCAGUCUUCCAAAGAACACCAGAAUCAGCUCCUACCACAGCUCCUGAAAACUUGAACGUCUGGCCAGUCAAUGGCAAACCUACAGUUGUCACUGCAUCUUGGGAUGCGCUACCAGAGACUGAGGGGAAAGUCAAAGAAUAUAUUCUUUCAUAUGCCCCGGCUCUCAAACCAUUUGGAGCAAAGUCUCUCACCUAUCCUGGAGACACGACUUCUGCCCUGGUGGAUGGCCUGCAGCCUGGGGAGCGCUAUCUUUUCAAAAUCCGGGCCGCAAACAGGAGAGGCCUGGGACCUCACUCCAAAGCCUUCAUUGUCGCUCUGCCAGCAACCAGUAAGGCGGAUGUUCAGCAGAACACGGAGGACAAUGGGAAGCCGGAAAAACCCGAGCGUUCUUCACCUUCACCCAGACCUCCUGCUUCUCCAGGGAGAAAUGCCAAGGACCUUCUCCUUGACUUGAAGAACAAAAUCUUGGCCAACGGUGGGGCGCCCCGAAAACCCCAGCUUCGCGCUAAAAAGGCAGAGGAGCUGGAUCUUCAGUCGAGAGAACUCACCGGGAAGGAGGAGCUGGGUUCCCAGGAGGACUCGCCCACGUCGCCUUCGGACACCCAAGACCAGAAACGGCCCCUGAGACCGCCAAGUAGACACGGUCACUCGGUGGUUGCUGCAGGCAGGACUGCGGUGAGGGCCCGGAUGCCAGCCCUGCCCCGAAGGGAAGGCGUCGAUAAGCCUAGCUUUUUCCCAGACACCCACCCCCGCCCAGGGACCGCCCCUGCCGCUUCGGCCUCUCCUGCCCACCACGCGGCCACCCAGGACACCUCCCACCGUCCUUCCCUGCCUGCCCGCUUUAAUGACAACGACUCAGUGGACUCAGGCGAGGACGAGCUCGCUGUGGGCUCCCUCCACCCCAAAGGUGCCUCUGUCCAGCCUCGGCCAGCUCUGUCCCCCAGCCGCCUGUACCCCUCCAGCGUUCUGCGCGACAGAAGCUCCGUGUACCCCGGCGCAAAGCCAGCCUCGCCGGUGCGAAGGACCCCCCAUUCAGGGGCCGCAGAGGAAGAUUCCAGUGCUUCGGCCCCACCCUCAAGACUUUCUCCACCCCAUGGGGGAUCAUCCCGGCUGCUGCCCACCCAGCCACACCUGGGCCCUCCGCUCUCCAGGGGCGGGAAGGAUGGCAAGGACACCCCAGCCACCAACUCCAAUUCGCCAUCGCGGUCCGCCACGUCCUCCUCGGCCUCUUCUCGUCUCUCCUCCAGGAAGCAGAUGUCUGAGGGAGCGGAGGCUUCUGAUGGCGAAGGCGACGGUGACAGCGACACGGAAGACAGCGGGAGGCAGGCGGAGGCCACGGCCCAGACGCUGCGGACCCGGCCUGCCUCUGGACACUUCCAUUUGCUCAGACACAAGCCCUUUGCUGCCAACGGGAGGGCUCCAAGCAGGUUCGGCAUUGGGCGGGGACCUCGGCUGCAGCCCUCCAGCUCCCCACAGUCCACUGUGCCCUCCCGAGCCCACUCCAGGGUUCACUCUCACCCCGCUUCCCACCCUAGGCUUGGUUCAGGUAUCCAUGGAGACGAGGAGGAUGAGAAGCCGCUUCCUGCCACCAUUGUCAACGACCACGUGCCUUCCUCCUCCAGGCAGCCCAUCUCCCGUGGCUGGGAGGCCCUAAGGAGGAGCCCUCAGAGAGGAGCCAGCCUGCAUCGGAAGGAGCCCAUCCCAGAGAACCCCAAAUCCACAGAGGCAGAUGCGCAUCCUCAGGGCAAAUACUCCACCUUGUCCUCCAAGGCUCAAGACGUUCAACAGAGCACAGACGCGGACAUGGAGGGACAUUCUCCCAAAGGGCAGCCGGGGUCCACAGGCCGCCACGCAUCCCCUGCUCGUCCGCCCGCAGCACGGCCACAGCACCACCCCGGGCCCAGUGUUCCCAGAAGGACGACGCCCGGCCGGGCCCCAGAACAGCAGACCCCUCCUCCUGUCUCCACGUCCCGGAACCAGCCGGGCCCCCAGAGCAGAGACACCGGGCGGUCACCUUCGCAGCCCAGGCUCGCACAGGCCCAGGCCGGGCGGCCCCUCCCCACGUCACAGGGCCGUUUCCACUCCUCCUCGGACCCUUACACGGCGAGCUCCCGAGGGGUGCUCCCCUCGGCCCUCCAGAACCAGGAUAAGGAUAGCCGGAGCAGCUAUGACGACGACAGCACAGAAGUCGAGGCCCAGGAUGUGCGGGCCCCAGCGCACGCCGCGCGCGCCAAGGACGCAGUCGCGUCCCUUCCCAAGCAGCAGAUGGAGUCUUCGAUGGGCGCAAGUGCCGGUGGCGACGACAGGUCCCAGCGCGGACAUGCGAGCUCCCCCGCUAGGCCCAGCCGGCCCAGCGGCCCCCAGUUUCGUGCCCGGGUCCCCGGCAGGGCAUCGCCCUACGCGGGGCAUAAGGAGGAGGGCGCGAUCCAGGCCACACCCGGGAAGUCGGAGCCUCCUUCCAAGCGGCCCCUGUCCUCCAAAUCCCAGCAGUCGGUCUCAGCCGAGGAGGAGGAGGAGGAGGAGGACGCGGGGAUUUUUAAAGGCGGGAAGGAAGACCUUCUGUCUUCCUCUGUGCGGAAGUGGCCCUCUUCCUCCACUCCCAGGGGCGACAAAUACACGGAUGGGAGCUUCGCUAAGGACGAGAGGGAGCCUGCCAUCGCGCUUGCCCCUCGCGGAGGGAGCCUGGCUCCUGCGAAGCGACCUCUCCCCCCACCUCCAGGCAGCUCCCCCCGGGCCUCCCACCUCCCUUCCCGACCGCCGCCUCGCAGCGCUGCCACCGCAAGCCCGGUCUCAGGCACCCACCCCUGGCCGCGGUACACCACGCGCUCCCCGCCCAGCCACUCCUCCACCACCCCGAUGCUGUCCCUGCGCCAGCGGAUGAUGCACGCCAGAUUCCGAAACCCUCUCUCUCGCCAGCCUGCCAGACCCUCUUACAGACAAGGUUAUAAUGGCAGACCAAAUGUAGAAGGGAAAGUCCUUCCUGGUAGUAAUGGAAAACCGAAUGGACAGAGAAUUAUCAAUGGCCCUCAAGGAACAAAGUGGGUUGUGGACCUUGAUCGUGGGUUAGUAUUGAAUGCAGAAGGAAGGUACCUCCAAGAUUCACAUGGAAAUCCUCUUCGGAUUAAAUUAGGAGGAGAUGGUCGAACCAUUGUGGACCUGGAAGGGACCCCCGUCGUGAGUCCUGAUGGCCUGCCCCUCUUUGGACAGGGGCGACAUGGCACACCCUUGGCCAGUGCACAGGAUAAGCCAAUUUUGAGUCUUGGAGGAAAGCCGCUGGUGGGCUUGGAGGUCAUCAAAACAACCACCCGUCCCCCUACCACCACCACGCGGCCCACCACUACUACAACGCCCCUGCCUACGACUACUACCCCCAGACCCACCACGGCCACCACCCGCCGCACGACCACCACCCGCCGCACGACCACCAGGCGCCCAACAACCACGAUCCGAACCACUAUGCGGACAACCACCACCACCACCGCCAAACCCACCACUCCCAUCCCCACGUGUCCCCCUGGGACUUUGGAACGGCAUGACGAUGAUGGCAACCUGAUAAUGGGCUCCAGUGGGAUCCCGGAGUGCUAUGCUGAAGAAGAUGAGUUCUCAGGCUUGGAGACCGACACCGCAGUACCCACGGAAGAGGCCUAUGUUAUAUAUGACGAAGAUUAUGAAUUUGAGACCUCGAGGCCACCAACCACCACCGAGCCCUCGACCACUGCUACCACCCCGAGGGUCAUCCCAGAAGAAGGUGCCAUCAGUUCCUUUCCUGAAGAAGAAUUUGAUUUGGCUGGAAGGAAACGAUUUGUUGCUCCUUACGUGACAUACCUAAAUAAAGACCCAUCGGCCCCGUGCUCUCUGACUGAUGCACUGGAUCACUUCCAAGUGGACAGCCUGGAUGAAAUCAUUCCCAAUGAUCUGAGGAAGAGUGACCUGCCUCCUCAGCAUGCUCCCCGCAACAUCACCGUGGUGGCCGUGGAAGGCUGCCAUUCAUUUGUCAUUGUGGACUGGGACAAAGCCGCCCCAGGAGAUGUGGUCACAGGUUACUUGGUUUACAGUGCAUCCUAUGAAGACUUCAUCAGGAACAAGUGGUCCACUCAAGCUUCGUCAGUAACUCACUUGCCCAUUGAGAACUUAAAGCCAAACACGAGGUAUUAUUUUAAAGUGCAAGCACAAAAUCCUCAUGGCUAUGGACCUAUCAGCCCUUCGGUCUCAUUUGUCACUGAAUCAGACAAUCCUCUGCUUGUUGUGAGGCCCCCAGGCGGUGAGCCUAUCUGGAUCCCAUUCGCUUUCAAACAUGAUCCCGGCUACACGGACUGCCAUGGACGGCAAUAUGUGAAGCGGACGUGGUAUCGAAAGUUCGUGGGAGUUGUUCUUUGUAAUUCACUGAGGUAUAAAAUCUACCUCAGUGACAACUUGAAAGAUACAUUCUACAGCAUUGGAGACAGCUGGGGAAGAGGUGAAGACCACUGCCAAUUUGUGGAUUCACACCUUGAUGGAAGAACAGGGCCUCAGUCCUAUGUAGAAGCCCUUCCUACCAUUCAAGGCUACUAUCGCCAGUAUCGCCAGGAACCCGUCAGCUUUGGCAACAUUGGCUUUGGAACUCCCUAUUACUAUGUGGGCUGGUACGAGUGUGGGGUCUCCAUCCCUGGAAAGUGGUAAUCACAGGACAAUCGUGCUGCAAGCUCGCCCUGCCUAGCCCCACCAACUAAGUCGCACUAGGGGCUGUGAGUAAAGAUAGCCAACGUGCCCAGCCCUGCUGCCUCAGGUGCCAGGAAGGCCACAGAUGGACACUGGCCAUUCUGGUCAUCUCAGUCUGGAAUUCAGUGCCACUUCUUGGCCUGGACAAUGAACAGGAUUCAGUUUUGCUGUUAACUUUGCUUCUCCACUUUUUUUUUUGUUUGUAAUAGCACAUUCCAGAGACAUCAGACACCAGUUGCUGACUCAGUGUGAUUUCCAGACUUUUUAGGCAUGAAAUUCGGACACUUCGGUAUUUCCAGGAGCAGCAUAUGCACGCUGCUCUUGCUUCAUGGAAUGCUACGUGCUUUCUGUUUUUCUCAUUUUGGAUUUCUCCAAAACUAGCUGAAUUUAAGCUUUAGGUUCCUUUUUAUGCAGUAGAAUGGAAUUACUAAAAACACCACCAAAGAAAAUAAAAUAUAUCCUACUUGAGAUUUAUUCUAUGGACUCACCCACUGCUACACUAAACGUAUCAAAUCUUAUUUGUAAAUUCUCAAUUUUGAUAUAUAUAUGUAUAUAUGCAUAUACAUAUCCACACUUGUUUGCAAGAAUAUUGAUUAAAUUGCUAAAUUUGUACUUGUUCACUAGA